CCUAAAAUUACGUUACUGGGGAUUGUGAAACUCACAAAGUUGUUAUUUCACGACUUUGGUCAGUUGAGGUUAUAUCCAACCCUCUGUUCUGCCCUCUGCUCUGUGUAUAAUUAUAUAAAAAGACAGUAUACGUGACAAUUAUCACGAUUUAUUAUUAUAAUAAUUAAUUUGGAAAAUUAAUUAAGAAAAAAUAUAAAAAUUAAGUGCGUUAAAAUAUCUCAGUUCAAUGAAUAAGAUGUCGAGUUUCUCGAGCAGACGAAUAUUUUCUUCCAUCAACAAUCUGGUAGGCGGAUCUAUUACAAGGACAAUAUCAACAAGCAGGAUAUUGACAUCGAAGGAAAAAUAUGUAGAAAUCGAACAAAAAAAUGGUGUGAGAAGAAUAACACUAAAUCAUGCAAAAUCACGAAAUUCUCUUUCGUUAGAAACGAUAAAUAUUCUUUUGUACAAUAUUUCUAAAGACGUUGAAGACAAUGAACUUGGCUCAAUUGUAAUUCAAGCUGCUCCCGGAAAAGUUUUCUCUGCCGGCCAUAAUUUAAAGGAAUUGACGUCAGAAAAUAGAGAGAGCCAUCAUCUGGCAGUAUUUGAGACGUUCGAGAUGCUCAUGAAAGAAAUUAUGCAAUGCCCAGUGCCAAUAAUUGCUGCAGUCGAUGGUCUGGCAGCUGCAGCUGGAUGUCAAUUAGUUGCAGCUUGUGAUAUUGCAAUUUGCACUGAGAAAAGCAGCUUCUCAACUCCCGGAGCAAAUGUAGGAAUAUUUUGUUCAACCCCAGGAAUCCCUUUGGUAAGAAAUGUACCCAGAAAGGUUGCUUUUCACAUGUUGCUAACUGGCUUACCGAUUUCGGCGAAAGAAGCUUAUGACGCUGGACUCGUUAGCAAAGUUGUGCCCAACGAUAAACUCGAGGAUGAAAUCCAGAAGAUUACAAACGCUAUAAAUUCUCAAAGUCGAUCAGUGACAAGACUUGGAAAAAGAUUUCUAUUUGAACAAUUAGACGUCGAUAUAUCGACAGCUUAUUCAUUGGGAACGGAAAUUAUGGUUGAAAAUUUAAAGCUCAAAGACUCACAAGAGGGAAUUAAAAGCUUCAUCGAGAAAAGAAAACCUUUAUGGAGUCACAACUACGAACAAGACUGACUUAAUUAAUACAAUAAUACAAACACUGAAAAAAAACAGUAUUGAACCAAGAAAAUUUUUCUUGGUUGAAGCAAAUCGUGGGAUUGAAUACGGCCAAGACUAUUAAAAUAUUGAUUCAAGAAAACGA